AUGGCAGGUGCUCUGGAGAACGCACGCAAAGAGAUCCAAAGACUUUCACUUGAAGAGCAUGACGAAACUGAGUAUGGUUACAUCUACUCUGUCUCUGGUCCCGUCGUGGUUGCUGAACGCAUGAUUGGUUGUGCAAUGUACGAAUUGGUCAAGGUUGGUCAUGACAAUUUGGUCGGUGAAGUUAUUAGAAUUGAUGGUGAUAAAGCCACCAUCCAAGUUUACGAAGAAACUGCAGGUGUUACUGUUGGUGAUCCAGUUCUACGGACUGGUAAGCCAUUGUCGGUUGAAUUGGGUCCAGGUUUGAUGGAAACUAUUUACGAUGGUAUUCAAAGACCUUUGAGAGCGAUCAAAGAACAAUCCGGAUCGAUCUACAUUCCAAGAGGUGUCGAGGUUCCAGCAUUGAGCAGAGAGAUCAAGUGGAAAUUUACGCCUGGCUCUUACAAAGUUGGUGAUCACAUCACCGGCGGUGACAUCUUCGGUACUGUUUUUGAAAACUCAUUGAUAGAGGACCAUAAGAUCCUAUUGCCUCCUAGAGCUAGAGGUAAAGUUACCUGGAUUGCUCCAGCUGGUGAAUAUACUGUGGACGAAAAGGUCUUGGAGGUCGAAUUUGAAGGUAAGAAAUCCGACUUCCCAAUGUACCACACAUGGCCUGUGCGUGUCCCAAGACCUGUUGCAGAGAAGAAAUCCGCUGAUUACCCGUUGUUGACUGGUCAGAGAGUGCUAGAUGCCCUAUUUCCUUGUGUUCAAGGUGGUACCACGUGUAUUCCAGGUGCUUUUGGUUGUGGUAAGACGGUGAUCUCGCAAUCGCUAUCGAAGUACUCCAACUCUGAUGCUAUCAUCUAUUGUGGCUGUGGAGAACGUGGUAACGAGAUGGCAGAGGUUCUAAUGGAGUUUCCAGAACUUCAUACCGAGAAGAACGGUAAGAUGGAACCUAUUAUGAAGCGUACCACUUUGGUGGCCAACACUUCAAAUAUGCCGGUCGCCGCAAGAGAAGCAUCAAUUUAUACGGGUAUCACGCUGGCUGAGUACUUCAGAGAUCAGGGUAGAGAUGUUGCCAUGAUCGCAGAUUCAUCUUCUAGAUGGGCAGAAGCCUUGAGAGAAAUUUCUGGUCGUUUGGGUGAAAUGCCUGCUGAUCAGGGUUUCCCAGCUUACUUGGGUGCCAAAUUGGCAUCGUUCUAUGAGAGAGCUGGUAAAGCAGUGGCACUAGGAUCCCCAGAUCGUGUUGGGUCUGUCUCUAUCGUUGCUGCAGUGUCUCCAGCUGGUGGUGAUUUUUCAGAUCCCGUGACCACGGCCACUCUAGGUAUUACUCAAGUAUUCUGGGGUUUGGACAAGAAAUUGGCACAGAGAAAGCAUUUCCCCUCUAUUAACACCAGUGUGUCGUACUCCAAGUACACUAAUGUCUUGAACAAAUACUACGAUGUCAACUACCCAGAGUUUGCAUCACUAAGAGAUCGUAUCAGAGAAAUUUUAUCUAACGCCGAAGAAUUGGAGCAAGUUGUUCAAUUGGUCGGUAAAUCUGCUCUUUCCGACAGUGAUAAGAUCACUUUGGAUGUUGCCAAUUUGAUCAAGGAAGAUUUCUUGCAACAAAACGGUUACUCUACUUAUGAUGCCUUCUGUCCUAUCUGGAAGACUUUCGAUAUGAUGAGAGCCUUUGUUGGUUACCAUGACGAAUCUCAAAAGGCUAUCGCCAAUGGUGCUAACUGGUCUAAGCUAUCCGAAGCUACCGCUGAUGUCAAACACGCGGUUUCUUCUUCCAAGUUCUUUGAACCAAGCAGAGGCCAAGAAGAGGUACACGCCGAAUUUGAAAAACUACUAUCCAACAUGCAAGAGAGAUUCGCCGAAUCCACAGAUUAA